AUGACUUUACGGUUUGAGGCGUCCUGCCCUGAUGGCCUGUGCCCAGGAUGGAGCAUCAUUCUGAAAGGAGAGCCACCCUCUGAGGCGAAUAAAUUUGAGAUCAACUUCAUGUGUGAUAGAGACGACAGAAUAGCCUUCCACUUCAACCCUCGCUUUGAUGAGUCAGACAUCGUGUGCAACUCCUUCAUGUCCAACCACUGGGGACAGGAGGAACGGUGUACCAACUUCCCUUUUGGAACUGAGGAGCCCUUCCAGAUCGAAAUUUACUCCGACAAUGAAAACUUCCAUGUUUACAUCGAUGACACGAAGAUAAUGCAGUAUAAGCACCGCAUUGAAGACCUGAAGACCAUCACCAAAGUGCAGGUGGCAAACGACAUCAAUAUCACCUCAUUAGAGAUCACCAAGAAACCUUUUUAUUGA